AUGAGUUGCCCUCUGCUCGGCCGGGCCGGCUGUUGCCUAGGCGCCGACUCGUCUAGUGGACACGGUGGAGCCGACUGUGAGCCGAUUCAAUCGGCGGCAGUGCCUCGGUUUCGGGUUAGUCGAACGGUGAGAGACCACGUCAUGCCACACCGACAACAUGCUGGUAUGAACGGGCCUAGACGGAUGUACCGUAGUGACAGGAAAUGGCGGUUCUUGUAG